AUCGCCAUAUUUGAACGCAGCGUUAACUUUUAUUUUGAUAUGUAUAAAGUCGGCGUGCUUUCUUUUGAAAGGGUCUUCCUCUGGCGUCUGAUUCAGACUGUUUUAUCAGCUGUUCAGUCUCGAGCACUGAAAUGGAGUGUGUGGCUGCAGGGUCGAUAAUGGUAUCAGACUGGCACCGAAGCCCCGAUAGUCGGGAAUUUUUCAGACGCAUCCUGCACAAGAAACAGCGGCGAAAAUUCGGUACGUUACCGUCGCGUUGUUUCCAUGGAGACCACGAAGACGCCUGUCUGUUGGAAGCUCCAGUGAUGCCUCCACAUUUGAAAGCAGAUGUAGUUCGCUAUAAAGUGUUCCUGUCGGGUAAAAGCGGAGUGGGGAAAACAACUCUAGCUGCUCGCCUUGGUGGUCUAGACAUGCCCAAUGUACACUAUGAAACCACAGGCAUGGAGACGUCUGUUGUGUUUUGGCCUGUAAAGCUGCGGGAGAGUGGUCGCACUCUUUUCUUCCACUUCCAGCUCUGGGACUGUGGCGAGAAUGCCAUGCGCAGAUUUGACCACAUGCUUCCGUCCUGUAAGGAACAUGUGGAUGCCAUUCUCUUCCUGUUUUCAUUCACUGACCGUGGGUCUUUUGAGGACCUUGCCAAUCAAAUUUCUCAGAUCAUGGAGCCAUCAGACAGACUUGUCCGACUGGUGGUUGGGACCAAAUUUGACUUGUUUAUGCACACAGAUGUGACAGAGCGUGACAUCACACGCUUUCAGGAAGUGUGGGGUGUACCAGUGUUUCGGGUUGGAGGUGACGUGAGUGGAGGCUUUGGUGAAAUUGCACCCCUUUUGAAUGCCUUGGCAGAAAACCUGUGGCACCAAGACUGUAUGCAGGCUUCCACUUUAGUACCAUCUUACCCUGGACAGAUUGGCCCAGAAAUAAUUGUAUAAGCCCUAAUUUUUCACAGCACACUGAUUGCCUCAAUGUUAGACACAAAAUCCAUUAUACACUUGUAGGAGCUCAACUCGGGGUUGGAGCCUAUCUAAACCCUGGCCAUAAGUUGGGAAUAUACUCUGGAUGUGGACACCAGUUAAUCACAGGGCACCAUGUACAGUACACACAUUCACACCUAGAGUCAAUUUACACUUGACAGUCUCCUUCUGGUGUUUUUGGAUGAAAUCCACAUGGACAUAGGCAGAAUAUUUAAAGCGUCACAGAUAAUAAGGAAUGCAUUGUAAGGCCUGGAAGAUAAACCUGAAGCACUGCUCCAUCAUCAUUAAUUACAAUUAUUUUACGAUUAAUCACAGCUGGAACAACAGAGAAUGUUGGAAGACAGAAUUGUCAUUUUCGACCUCCAAGCAGGAAACAAUUUAACCAGCUAACAUCAGUGAUAUGAGUGAUAUUUUACAUCUUUAAAACAGUGAUUUGUAUAGUCAGUGUUACAGAUUUAACAAACUAAUGUAGUUGUCUGUUGCUUGUUCUAAUGUAAAUAAAAGUGUAUACAGUAUAACCCCUUUA